CAUGAUGACCACUCCAACCACCAGCGUUUGCCGAGUGGGGCAGUGAGCGUGUCGAGGAGCACACCCCUCCAGUCCAGGGGGACGAGGCCAGAGAUAUGUACCAGGGCUGGAAGAGAGGCAUCCAAGGCCACCUCAACUCCUGCUACCUGGACGCCUCACUAUUCAGUCUGUUUUCGUGCUGUAGUUCAGUCGACUGGGUGUUGCUGUGGCCCUCGAACCCCUCAGACGGUCCCCACUGCAGCCAAGCCCAGGACCUGCUUCGCUGUGAGAUAGUCAACCCCCUACGCAGGUUUGGCUAUGUAUGUGCCAGUAAAACCAUGGCCCUGAGAAGACUACUGGAGGCUGAGAGUAGUGACACAGGCUUCACCAACCAGGAAAAAGACCCAGAAGAGUUCCUCAACAAGCUUUUCCAGCUCCUCCGGGUCGAACCUCUUCUGAAGAUCAGGUCAGUGACACAGAAGCAGCAGCCUCAGGAGUGUCACCUCUACCAGCUCUUCCCUCCAUCCGUUCCCCUCUGUCCCUCUUCCCCUGUCCCUCUGUCUCCGUCUCUCUGUCCCAUCCCUCUCUCCUCCCCUGCAGUACUCAUGAGAGUGGCCAAUGUUCAGACUCUGCUAGAGACAUCCUUUCUCCACGCGGGACUAAAGUUUGCUGAGGCCCCUUCCUGCCUCCCCCUCCUCAUGCCUAGGUUUGGGAAGGACUUCAAGAUGUUUGACGCCAUCUUGCCUUCACUCACCAUCGACAUCACAGACCUGCUGGAUGACACUCUCAGACAGUGCAGUAUUUGCCAGGCAGUAGCAGAAUGGGAGUGUCUAGAGUGUUAUGAAGACUUGGACAUCACACCUGGUCAUCUCAAACAGUACUGCCACACCUGCAACACUCAGGUGCACAUUCACAAGAAGCGCCAGUCCCACAGUCCAUGUCAGGUGGGUGUGGCUGGUGGUCCGUGGACCGGCCCACUGCAUGGAACUCGUCAGCGAUUGGCUCUCUUUGCCGUGACGUGCAUCGAGACCAGCCACUACGUGAGCUUCGUCAAGCACGGGCCCCGCCCCGACGACUGGCUGUUCUUUGACAGUAUGGCCGACAGGGAAGGCGGGGAGAACGGUUUCAACAUUCCCCAGGUGAGGGCGUGUCCAGAGGUGGGCCGCUACCUCAGCCUAUCGGCGGAGGAGCUGGGCAGGCUAGACCCCGCCUCCUUGAGAGAGUCCGCUCGCCGGCUGCUGUGUGACUCCUACAUGUGUCUCUACCACAGCCCCGAGCUCAGCCUGUACAAGUGACACACA